CAGUCGUCGACCCGAGUUGUCCAGACGCUUUCCGGCCUGUGAUCCCCAGCAUCCGGGAACCAGCGAAAUCCCAUCCAGCUUUGCCUGUUAAGGCCUGCCCUGUCUCGUGAAGCCUGCUGCCGAACCUCUUUUCUUCCCUGGCAAUCGCUUCCAAUUCUCCUCUCCCCUCUCUGGAAGAAGAAGAAGAAGAAGAAGAAGAAGAAGAAAACAAAGAAGGGACUACGGCUCCGUAAUGCUUUGUCGAUAGAGAAUCGCCGUACUUUUCAAGAGAGAGCCUCGUUUUGCCACGGCCCGUCGAGCCCCAACAGUACAGCCCAGCCUCGCUCACACGUCCAGUCGUCCCACAGCCAUCACGUCACCUGUUCGUGCUAUCGCUUCCGGCUCUCACGGACUUUUAACACGAGCAUACGAAACCUGUGGUCCGGACCGACAAAGAAAGAAAGAAAAAAGAAUCAUAGAAAGAACCUUAUCCUCGCAAAACGAAAAAGGGAAAAAAAGAAUAAAAUAUAACAGGACUCAAAACCAAGCAAGCACGAUCACAGUGUCACAAAAGGGGGCUUCAACGCUGAUCCUUCCUCGGCCCUGCGGACGACCCAUCACUGCGCGGUCUCUGCCAAGGGCAAGGCAUUAAGCACAACAAGCGUGCUCGAAACACGGAUGCUCGAGAUGUACUUCAGGCUUCCACUCGCCUCAUCAAGCCCUCCAUCGAGACCAACCUCAUCGCACAACAGCCGGUACCCGCUGAGUUCGCCCACCACGACGCCUCCGUCGGUCUGCACACAGAACUCGUUAGCGACGCGCAGAGAGUCCAACAGCUCCAUUUCGGACGCAAAGACUGCCCGCGCCCUACUCUCACGAGUCGCCUCGUCACCCAUCGUCCCGCCCGUGAAGAGCGCGCAUCAUCAUCAUCAUCAUCACCACCACCACCACCAUCACGACGCCGGCCACUAUUCCCACCCGGCAAGCCCGCUGUCGACGCACCAAAGGCACCACCACGAUGAGCAAGACUCCCCGACCCAACAGCGACCCAGUGGUGUGGUGGGUGCGAUGGAGCGACGGUGGAGCGACGGGUACGAGGCCGCACGAGGCUGGACAGGCCACCUGCAACGCGAGGGCUACAUCUCCUUCCCGGACUACGAGAAGUACUUCCCCUCUGACGACGGGGCCGCGGCGUACGCCGGCCACGCUGCUGCGCCGAACGCUCAGCGCCGCGAGAUCCAGGCGUAGGCUGCUGCCGUCCACAAAGCGGCGCGGCGGUGGCGGGGGCGCCAACCAUGCGUGACGUGCGUCCGCACCAAAAGCCCGCAUGGCAGAGGCGGUAAAGAACGGCGAGACGGGCGGGUGGUGGCGUGAUCGAGCUGCGCGAGCGGCGGGUUCCCGCGCCAACAUAUACCAACAUUUCCUACGGGUCGCUGCGUUUUCGUUGGAGUUAAAAGUCUCUCCGCCACUUUCGGAGUGUUUGCUUGUGACAAAGCACAUCGUUUGGGCUGGGCUGGGUAGGCGACGCUUACGACCUUACGAUCCCAUCCUCCUUUGUAAAAAGUGUCAUACGCGGUGUACACAGAAAGUAUACCCCUUUUAUAAGUAAUUUUUUUUCUUCAUCCUGUUUACUGGCAUAAGAAGGAUGCCACUUCAGGCUGAGCUGCUCAAUGUAGCCGGCAAAACUGAAUAUUACUCAUCUUGAAUCAAUGGUCUUGCGAAG